GAGAGAGGCAGAAGCAAUUCAAGAGUCACAGAGAGGGACGACAAUGCUGCGUGUUAUGGCGCUAUUUAGUUUUCUUCUCUUGUUACCAUUGGCCAGUCAUGGGUUCCACCUGCACGAGAUUGUGAGAAGGGACGCUAAAGACCAUCAUUCGUGGAGCUAUGAAGGACCUUCUGGUCCGGAGCAUUGGCCUGUCAUAUUCAAGAAGUGCGGAGGGUCGAGACAAUCUCCCAUCAAUAUAGUCACAAGCGAAGCCCUUUAUAACGAGAAUUUAGACGAAUUUGAAUUUGACAACUAUGAAGCUUCGCUUCAAGAAGCAAAGAUGGAGAAUAAUGGACACACAAUUCAGGUUAGUCCGGGAUACAAUGAAGCAGCUCGAUUUGUCGACGGAGGAGGCUUGGACAGCAGGUACCGAUUUCUACAAGUGCACUUUCAUUGGGGCUCCGAUAGCAAAAAAGGAUCGGAACACACUAUCGAUGGCCAGCGUUUUCCUUUGGAGAUGCACUUAGUUCAUAUCAAUACGAAAUAUAAGACGAAAGAACAGGCUGUUCAUGAAAAGGACGGAAUUGCUGUACUUGGAAUUCUCUUUAAGGUAUCUGAGGAGGACAAUCCAGCUCUGGUACCUAUCAUUGAUAAGCUAAAUGAAGUUCGAAAGAAAAGUGCCAAAGCCAAACUCGAUGACUUUAAUCUAGAAUCCCUGCUACCAGAAGAGCGCAUGCCGUACUACAGGUACGAAGGAUCUUUGACCACGCCUCCGUGCUACGAAAUCGUCACUUGGACUGUCUUCAAACAUCACGUACCCAUCAGUGAGAAACAGCUACAACAGUUCCGUAAUAUUAAGGAAGGAGAUGGAGAUGAGGCAGGCGAAAAUCUCGUGGAUAACUUCCGACCGGUCCAAGAACUGCAUAGUCGUACAGUACAAAUAUCCGGAGAUGAAAGUAGCACUGGAGCUAUUGAGGUUCCAUCAAUGAUGAUGGUCCUCUCUGCCAUCUCAUUUUUUCUCUGAAAAUGAUUUAUACAUACAGAAGUCACUUUGGCAGCAAAAUUCAAUACAGCAGAGCUCAGAGGGUUAAUGCCAUUGGACUUACCUAAAUUCCUCUUACUGAUUACUGAAUGGUUGCAGUUACGGAAUUAUAUAUGGCAUUCAUGUUAUUUUGUAUUAAUAAGUUACAAUAAUCCUAUUUAUCAGAGCUUCAUACUACACACUUUCAAUAUGGCAAAGUUGUGAUCUCUCACGAUACAACUGAGUGUUCAUCAAGCAUUUUGUAUGGCUUAUUAAAUAUUCAAACUGGCUUCAAUAUUCAAAGCUAGACAUUUAUUUGGAAAAUAAACUGCGUUUUCAGUUA